AUGUUACACGCAGAGUUUGUCUCCACAAGUUCUCUCUCCAUGGGCAAGUCUCGCAGCAAACCUGCAUCAAAAGAUUCAAAAUUUGAAACAACUUUGAAGAAACGUAAGAACUUAGGUAAGGAAGAGUCUAAGGAAUGUUUGAAGACCAGAGCGAAUCUAAAGAAGCGUAAGAAACAUGUGUUGAACGUUGGAAGAGUGACGAGGUUUAGCGAUCUUCCACUAGACUUGGUUGGUGAUAAGAUACUCUCCAAGGUUCCAAUAACGUCUCUUGGAGCGGUGCGUUCCACUUGCAAGUUAUGGAACGCUUUAUCCAGAGAAUGGAUCUUGAGUAACGCAGCAGAAUUAAAGCGGCAAGUUUUAGGUUUCAUGACGAUGGAUUACAAGAUUUAUUCAUUGAGAUUCCAUCUCCACAAAGACAAGUAUAGGGGAGUUUAUCAAUCUAGAAAGCAUAUAGAUAUACUUAAUCAAGUCGAGAUAUCCAAAGUCUUUCACUGCCACGGCUUAUUGUUAUGCGUCCUCAAGGACAACUCGAGGCUCGCCGUGUGGAACCCUUAUUUGGGGCAAACAAGGUGGAUUGAACCUAGAUCAAAGUUUCACAAAUGCGACAUGUAUGCUCUCGGGUAUGACAAGAAGCUUAAGCACAAAAUCUUGAGAUGUUUUUAUGAUUAUGACUUCAUGAUCAGCAAAAAACACUCUUUCAUGGUCGAAAUCUACGACUUGAGAUCUCAUUCUUGGAAGGUUCUUGACGUUACGUCGGACUUGGCAAUAGAGUAUGAUGCUAUAGGAGCGUCUUUGAAAGGAAAUACUUAUUUUUUUGCUCAAGAGGAGAUACCACCUGGUGAUGGAAGUAUAGUGGUAUCAGACCUUGAAGAUUUUUUAAUCUGUUUUGAUUUUACAAACGAGAGAUUUGAACAGCGUCUGCCUCUUCCGUUUCACUCUAGUUUACAAGAAGCUGUGACACUCUCUUGUGUUGGAGAAGAUCAGAUCGCCGUGCUAUAUGAAAGGUUGUAUACAAUAGGGACAUUGGAGUUUUGGGUUACUACUAAGAUUGAGCCCAACGAGGUGUCUUGGAGCAAGUUUUUGAAAGUAGAUAUGACACCACAUGAUGGUUAUUUGUCUCACGUUGGGAGUUUCAUCAUUGACGAAGAGGAGAAAGUUGCAAUGGUUUUUGAUGGAGACAGAGACGACCAACCCUCAAAGACACGUCGGUACCACAGGGCUAUGACCGUUGGAGAUGGAUAUUGUGGAUUAUAUGUGGGUCUUAGAAAAUGUCCGACUGAGUCUCGUCCCCCACUGGUGUGCUCGUCUUCUUAUCUUCCAAGCUUAGUGCAAAUCAACUAA